GGUACGUUGCCAUCAAAUCAGUUGACAUUCCGCCGUGGUCAAGACAACAGGCAAAGCUAUACGGAAUAUUUCACAAUACAAAGUGCUAUUCAUUCGUACUGAAUUAAAAAAGAAAAUUGUGUGAAACAUGGCAGAGACGGUACAGAGCAAUGGAUCAGUAGGGAGCGAAAACAAGGAACCUGCAAAGUUCAACAAGGAUGAACUUACACCACCGAGUUUUCUCAAUGAAGAAUAUUUUCUAAAUGUUUUGAAACAAGUGGAAAAUGAUAAGGCUCUCACGAUAACAAAAUUCGAAAUGAUUCCGGGAACAAAACCAGGAGAUCACUUUGCCAGUAUUAUGUUCAAAGCUAUUGUCUCCUAUACCUCACGGGGGAAGACUGUGUCUUCAAGAUCUUUGGUUGUAAAAACGAUGCCCGUUGAAGAAGGAAUGAAAAAGGAAAUGUUCACUCAAAUGCCUAUAUUUGAUAGAGAGAUUUACAUGUAUACAAAGGUUCUUCCUGAAAUGAGUAGACUCAUGGAAUCUAUAGGAGAUUUUGAAGAACUUGCUCCUAGGAUGCUCUACCAUAACACAGAUCCUCUAGUUCUAAUUUUUGAAGAUAUUAGUAAGUUUGGAUAUGAAAUGAACAACGGUUUCCUGGAUUUCGAUAACACUGAAAAAGUCGUUAAGAAAUUAGCUAAAUUUCAUGCACUCUCCUUUUACAUGAAUGAUAAUAAAUAUUCCUACAAGCUUGAUCUCCCUAAGAACGAGGGUAUAAUGAUUACAGAACAGACAAUCGAUAAGAUGCAAAUGCUCGCUGAUGGAUUGCAUUUAAUGAAAGAAGAAGUCGAAACAUGGCCUGGAUAUGAGAAAAUUGCAGAAAAGAUUGAAGUAACUAGGCAUACAUUCUUAAGAAGACUCUUGAGCGUGUACAAACCUAAUCCCGAACCCGGAUUCAAUGUGCUCUGUCACGCCGACUUUCACAUCAAAAAUAUGAUGUUUAUCAAAAAUGCCGAAGACAUUGAUAAGAUAUUCUUGCUCGAUUUCCAAAUGUGUUUCUGGGGAUCACCUGCUGUUGAUUUGCUGUACUCUCUCUACGCAGUUGGAAAUGCUUCAGUACGAGCUCGUAAAGGAGAGAUAAUAUCAACUUAUCAUGAAAACUUCACUGAAUACCUUGAACGUUUGGGAUGCCUAAGAAAAGGCCCUACUCUACUGGACUUGAAUAUUGAAAUGCUGAAAAUUGGUCUCUUGGAAGUUCUUUUGGGAUUGUGCUUUUUGCCUUUCUUCUCCCUUGAUUUUACAAAAGUCGACAUUGAUCAGAUCAUGGAUCCUACCCCUGAGAAUUUGGCCAAUAUGCAGAGGAUGGUUUAUAAAAAUCCAGAUAUUGUUUCAAUUUUGACAGAAGUUCUACCACACCUAUUCUUAAAGGGACUUUUGGAUUAGAUUCAUUUACUAUUUAUUCUGUAAACUAUCAAUUGUUUGUAAAUAAAUUGAGGAAAGUAGUUAGGGUAAAAUUCAGGGAAAAACACAAUAUCUAAUAUAUUUUCAAAUGAUUUAAGACAUUUGGCUAAAUUGUCACAUAUAGGAAAAUUGUAAAUAGUUUAAUUCUAUUGAAAUAAAUCACAAAACUCAAACUCUAGUCA